AUGAUGCUUACAAGGCUGGUGAAUAAUACAAGUACAGUUAGUCGCUAUGCGAGUCCUUGGAAUGCAGUUGGCAUAAUGACAAGGUCGUUCAGUUUGAAACAUCCUUGCUUACGGGAAGAGAAGGCACCAACGGGAAUUGUAUUUAUGAAUAUGGGAGGCCCAGCUACUGUUCCUGAGACUUAUAGCUUCCUGUAUGAACUUUUUUCUGACAAUGAUUUGAUACCAAUAAGCAAGAAUUAUCAGCGUUGGAUAGCCAAAUAUAUCGCUAAAUUUCGCACACCAAAGAUCGAGAAACAAUAUGAAUCAAUUGGUGGCGGUUCACCUAUCAAAAGGUGGUCCGAAUAUCAGGCAGCUAAAGUUUGUGAAAUCUUGGACAAGACGUCUCCACAGACGGCCCCUCAUAAGCCUUAUGUGGCAUUCAGAUAUGCCAACCCUUUGACAGAUGUAGCUUAUAAGCAGUUACUUGAUGAUGGCGUGAAGCGAGCAGUAGCAUUUACUCAGUAUCCCCAAUUCUCCUACUCCACGACAGGUUCGUCCUUGAAUGAAUUAUGGAGAACGAUUAAAUCAUUGGACCCUCAAAGGACCAUCGAAUGGUCAACUAUUGAUCGCUGGCCUACGGCUCAAGGAUUAGUUGAUGGGUUUGCCGAAAAUAUUAACAAAAAGUUGGAGGAAUUCCCUAAGGAAGUUAGGGAUAAGGUUAUCAUAUUAUUCUCAGCUCAUUCUCUACCAAUGGAUGUCGUAAAUACAGGUGAUGCAUACCCCGCGGAAGUGGCCUCGACAGUUAAUCAUGUUAUGGAAAAAUUGAAUUUUAAGAACCCUUACCGAUUAGUUUGGCAGUCACAAGUAGGGCCAAAGCCUUGGUUAGGUGGCCAAACUGCUCCAAUAACUGAGUUUCUGGCUGAGGGAUCUGACGGAAUCUUACUAGUACCAAUCGCAUUCACAUCAGAUCAUAUUGAAACUCUAUUUGAAAUCGACUUGGAGCUUAUCGAUGAAUCUCCUCACAAAAAUAAAAUAAAAAGAUGUGACUCAUUGAACGGUAACGAAACCUUCAUUAAAGGAAUGGCCGAUCUUGUUGCAGCACAUCUAAAAAAUGGAAAUCUUCACUCAAAGCAAUUGCCGUUGGACUUUGUGCUCGGUAAGUCGAGCGAUCCGAUUUCUAAUGUCUCAGAGGUAUUUGGCAAACACAACUAG